ACCGGGGCAACUCCAUGCUCACGACGCGUCACGAGCACUGACGGGUACCAUGGCGCGAACUAUUUUCACCUAGAAGGGAAACAACGACUCUUAACCAAUAGCGAUUCUACUUCUCAUUUGAUUUAUUUCAUUUUAUUAAUCGUUUCAUCAGCAAUGGCUGUCCAUGACCGUUCAUGGCUGCCCAUCUUCGGAGCGUAGGAUACGGCAAAAAUAAAUGCUGGCGGUGAAAAGUAGUGAAAAGGCAGCCUUUCGCUGUUGACAGAAAGUUUGCUGAAGAUUCAGUUAUUUCGUGGUUUAAAAAGAUGGCAGCAUCUCUAUCAACAUAUUGGGUAAAGUUCUUCAAAGGUGCUGGUUUUCCUCAAGAUGUGGCAACUAAACAUGCUGUUGUAUUUUCAAAUAACCGUAUUAAGCCAGACAUGUUACCCGAUCUGGAUAAACCUAGUCUUAAAGAGAUGGGAAUCAUGUUAAUGGGUGAUAUGAUAGCAAUUUUACGCUAUGCCAAAAAGGUGGUUGAAGAGACCACUUGUGAGAGAUUUCUUGUAGACUCUGAAGACACUGUAUUGUCGUCUAAUAUGACAAGCAAACCGGCAAGCAAAAAAAUAAUUUUAAAAGUUCCUAGUAAGCCUGUUAUUUCAACCAAAGUGAAGCCUGAAUCUUUGGAUAAUAUCAAACCUAUAAAGAAUUCAACAAGUACAGUUACAAAAUCUACUGUUGUCAAGAAGAAAACAAUCCCAAGUACAACUAGAGUGAUUUCACAUUACAUAGAUAAAGAAAAAGCACAAGCAACGUUAAAAAGAAAGAUUGAACAGAAUGUAGAUCAAUUUCAUGUGGAGAGCGAUGAGGAGUGGAAUUCUAAAAAGAAAUUAAAACCAGCAGAAUCUGACAAUGUAGGAUAUAAGGUCAUCUUGCCAAAAGGGACAACUGUAAAGACUCAACAAAUCUUGAAAAAGGCCUUGGAACAGAAGCGGACUGUGUUUGAUAGAUUAGGAGACAGCUCGGUGACAAGUACAACAAAUCUAGCUGAAUCAAAUACAACAUUUAAUAUCACUGGAAUUGGGAAGGAGGUUUUGAAGAGAAAUUCAAGUGUUUUCAAUAGACUUGGUGAUAAAGAUGCUAAAAAAGAACAGUUGCCAUAUGCUGGUAUACUUAAAAAUGGGACAAUCACAAGUCCCUCUCAGGGUAUUUUAAAGAAUGAAUCAGCUAGAACAGGAGCUACUAUUUUGAAAACAAAAAAAGUUUUAAAAACUGUACCUAAAUCUGCAGGUACAAUGCGUGCUGAUCAAGAGAAAAAACAAAAGAGUCUGUCAAACAACAUGAAGCACUUGAUACGGACAACAAGAAACAUCAAUUUUGAUAAAGAAACAGGUACACCAAACGUCGUAAGAAAAGUCGCCACAUCUAGUAAAUUGGCUUCGGAAAGGAUUGGUUCUGUCCCAGCAAAAGCACGUUUAGGUAUUGCAGCAUCUACAGCUAAACAAGUCACAUUUAAUAAAAUUACAACUGUGGCACACUUAAAAAAACCAGGUGUUUUCAGCAGGCUUGGUGUUUAAACUUAACCAACCUAUUAUAGUUUUAAACAUUUUUUCAUACCUUGACCCUUGUAUAUAAUUGUAGAGGAAAUAAAACUACAUGAAAAUCCAGUA